GCAGCAGCAGCAGCAGUACACAGUGGAUCUGCGGAGUGACGGCGCGUUAUUCUUUACAUGAUUAAAAAUACUAAACGUGGAAGAACAUACGCACGGAUCCACAGAAACGUAACUUCAAUACCCAGUCCGUCAUGGAGUCCUAUGACAUUUUAGCUAACCAGCCGGUGGUGAUUGAUAAUGGUUCGGGGGUUAUCAAAGCUGGUUUUGCUGGUGACCAGAUCCCAAAAUACUGUUUUCCUAACUAUGUGGGGCGACCCAAGCAUGUGCGCGUGAUGGCAGGAGCCCUGGAGGGAGACCUCUUCAUUGGACCCAAGGCGGAGGAGCACAGGGGCCUGUUGUCGGUGCGGUAUCCGAUGGAGCAUGGGAUUGUGAAGGACUGGAACGACAUGGAGAGGAUCUGGCAGUACGUUUAUUCCAAGGAGCAGCUGCAGACUUUCUCUGAGGAGCAUCCCGUGCUGUUGACUGAGGCCCCUCUCAACCCCAGCAAGAACAGGGAGAAGGCUGCAGAGGUUUUCUUUGAAACCUUCAACGUUCCUGCUCUCUUCAUCUCCAUGCAGGCUGUGCUUAGCUUGUACGCCACAGGCCGUACCACCGGUGUUGUUUUGGAUUCAGGGGAUGGUGUGACCCAUGUUGUGCCGAUCUACGAGGGCUUUGCCAUUCCACACUCCAUCAUGCGUGUAGACAUAGCGGGAAGAGAUGUCUCUCGGUACCUCCGCCUGCUGUUGCGCAAGGAAGGCUACAACUUCAACACCUCUGCAGAGUUUGAGGUAGUUCGCACCAUCAAAGAGAGAGCCUGUUAUCUGUCUCUCAACCCACAAAAGGACGAGACUUUAGAAACAGAGAAGGCUCAGUACGUUCUUCCUGAUGGAAGCACUUUAAAUAUCGGUCCAGCCAGGUUCCGUGCUCCAGAGCUGCUCUUCAGACCCGACCUGAUCGGAGAUGAAAGCUCGGGGAUCCACGAGGUCCUGGCCUAUGCAAUCCAGAAGUCUGACAUGGAUCUCAGACGCACAUUAUUCUCCACCAUAGUAUUGUGUGGAGGAUCAACACUGAUCAAAGGUUUUGGGGAAAGACUUCUCACUGAAGUCAAGAAGCUUGCACCCAAAGACGUAAAGAUCAAGAUCUCUGCCCCUCAAGAGAGGCUCUAUUCCACAUGGAUUGGGGGCUCUAUUCUGGCAUCACUGGACACCUUUAAAAAGAUGUGGGUGUCGAAGAGGGAAUAUGAAGAAGACAGAGCACGUGCCAUCCACAGGAAGACAUUCUAGUCUGGGCUCUGUGAAUGCCCCCAGAACUGCC